GACAAUUCCUCCCUGCAUCUCCAAACGUCGGGAUGACCUCCAACACCACCACUUUCCCCCAGUUUCAGCAGUUUCCUGCCGAGAUACGCUGCCAAAUCUGGAGGUACUGUUUUCGACAGCGCACUAUAUCGAUUGGCUACAGGAGGGACCAUUGGUGGACAUAUGUCAACCUGUGGCCUCUCCGCAAUAUCACCCAACCCAUCGCCGCAGUGUGCUACGACGCCUUGCAUGAAGUCGUUUUCCAUCGAAAACCCAUCGAACCCGCCCUCAGCCACGCUUUCAACCCCAUUCAGUGGCUCAAUCACAGCACCGAUACCCUCUACAUCCAGCCACCUGAUUCCUACGAAGACAACGCCUUAUCUUUAGAUGCCAUAGCUUUACUCGAAUGGCUCUUCUCCUUGGGCAUCACUAUAAGUUUCCAUCACCGCCUCCUCUCUGACUGGAAAAUAUGGGAGGACUGCCCUGAUGACCGCACGCCCCAUGAGCUUUGGAGACAGCUCAAAGAAGCCGCCCAGACCCGAUGCUUGCAGGUGGUCGUCAUGGAGAGUGACUUGCACCUGACCCGGGAUGAGACCCUGUCGACUGGGCUCUGGGGGCCUUUCGCCGAGCCAGGGGAUAUUGCCUAUUCCCGCCUGGAUAAGUUCCUGGGCACCUCCCGGCUGCAGCGUGGUCACGCGAUAUGGCGAGCACUAUCUCUCAGCUUUGCCAACCGGUCGGAUGAUGGCGUGGAAGUUGGGUGUCUGGUGGUUGACUCUGUGAAUGAGUGGCGUGAGAGGGUUUCGUCAAUGGCACAAACCAGUUCAACAUGGUUUGAUCAGGAAACGAGGAGGGCUUUGGCAAGCCAAGCCGGUAACGGAUCUGUUGGCGUUGUGCAUCCGCCUCCUGCCACGCCUCCACCCGUCAUGUUUCAACAAAGAAGGGAGAACUGGAUCAGGCUUUGUGAUGAUGUGAACCCGGAGGCGCUGGUACCGGUGGUGAAGUUGCAAUGGAGGUUACAUGGUCAAACCAGGGUCUGAAAACCCAAAGGAUGGCCCAAACACCCUCAAUUGUCCUACAUUUUGCCACUCUUGCCCGAUAUGGUGUGGGCCUACAGCGAAGUACAGGUGGAUGACACAAAUGAUGAAGUUACAGAAUCCUUCCUGGCAAAAUAAGAUAAUCCAGGAGGACAACCCAGCGACAGAAGAUGGUCGGUCCGUCCAUGAGGAGAACAGUGGGUGUAACAGAACAGAUAGAUAUUCCACAGAAUUGAUAGCAUCAACGCCAAAG